UAUUAGGGAGCACCGCCCCCCCCGACACACCAAGCCUCAGUCACUCCCUCACCUGCGUGACGCCCACACCUGCACACCCGCUCGCACACACGCCUGCACGCCCGCCCGUACACACACACAGGUGCCGCCAUGCCCCCGAAGGACCCCGAGGCGGACAAGCUGAAGAAGGAGCUGCAGGACGCCAUAGCCAAAGUACAGGAUGACCAGAAGAGCAAGGCAGACACCACGAUGGAGAGCGCCGUUGGGGACCUGGCCGACGCCCCGCGCAUCAGACCCUCGUGUAAGAAGAUGUGCAAGGGACACACAGGGAAGGUUAACGCCGCGCAUUUCAGUAGAAAUGGCCGGCACCUGGUCUCCGGUUCGCUGGACGGGAAACUCAUCAUCUGGGACAUCUACACGGGCAACAAGACGCAGAUCAUCCCGCUCAUGUCCUCCUGGGUCAUGUCCGUGGCCUUCUCGCCCUCUGGAAACUUUGUGGCCAGCGGGGGCAUGGACAACCAGUGCACCAUCCACGACAUCAACAACCGCGACUCCACCGGCGCUGCUAAAGUCGCGCGCGAGUUGAUCGGCUACGAAGGCUUCCUGUCGUCCAUUCGCUUCCUCGACGACAACAACCUCAUCACGGGCUCCGGCGACAUGAAGGUCAUCCACUGGGACUUCACCACGGGCAAGAAGGUGACGGAGUUCUUCGGGCACUCCGGAGACGUGGCCACAAUGAGCCUCGCCCCCGACUUCAACUCCUUCGUGACCGGCAGCGUGGACAGGACCAUGAAGCUGUGGGAUCUGCGUGACGCCAAGACGUGCAAACAGACCUUCUGGGGACACACGAGCGACGUCAACUCCGUCUAUUUCCACCCGUCGGGCCACGCCAUCGGGACAGGCUCGGAGGACAAGACGGCCAGGCUCUGGGACAUCCGUAGUGACCAGCAGGUGGCCGAGUACAAACCGCCCACCGCCAACUCCGGCUUCACCUCCUGCGUGCUGAGUGCCUCGGGCCGGAUCAUUCUGUGCGGCUCCGAUGACAACACCAUCCACUACUGGGACACCAUGAAGGGGGUGCACCAGGGCCAGCUGCAGGGCCACGAUAACCGCAUCACCUCCUUGGCUAUGUCAGGGAACGGUGUAGCCUUCGCCUCGUGUUCCUGGGACAUGGGCGUGAGGGUAUGGGGCGCGUAAGGAAGAAAGGAGGAAGGACCCAGCAUGCCCCCCUUAAGGACCCCGAACGCUGGUUGAUAGAAGAGGGAUGGACCAAGAAUGACUCUCUGGCUAGCUGACUGACUGGGUGGCUAACUGGCUGACUAACUGAGUGAUUGAAUGCUUGACUGACUGAGUGACUGAAUGACUGGCUGACUAACUGAAUGACUGGCUGGAUGACUGACUGACUGGCUGAAUAACUGACCGGCUGACUGAGUGAUUGGCUGAUUGACUGAUUAACUGAAUGGCUGACGGAUUGACUGGCUGGCUGACUGAUUGAUUGGCUGAGUGGUUGACUGACUGGCUGACUGACUAACUGACUGACUGGCGGAGUGGCUGACAAAGUGGAUGACUGACUGGCUAGGUGAUUGGCUGGCUAGAAGGGUUAGUGGUCCAGCGCAGCGUUUGGUAAAGUUAUCCUUGAAAUGUUUUGGGUUUGCAUGCACGUUUUCUGUUUUUAUACCCGUUUUUUUCUUGUGUUUUUUUCUUCUUUUCUGUGACUGCGUUCCUGUUUUUUUUUGUUGAUUUUUUUGUUUGUUUUUCUUCCUCUUAUUUCGUAAGGGUCUUUGGUUUGACUUUGAGACCUUUUUUUUAGGUGUUUUUUUUUUGUAUAAUGUAACUUUUUUUCUUCUUUUUCUUUUUUCUUUUUGUUUUCUUAUUUGCAUUCGUGUUUUCCCAGUUUUUCUUGCUCUUGUUUUUUCCUUCUUUGUUUUGUUUUUCUCUUCUUGUUUUUCUUCUUUUUUCUUCUUUUUCUUCUACUUUUCUUCUUUUUCUUCUUUUUUUUCUUAUUUUUCUACUUCCUAUUUUUCUUUUUCUUCUUCUUUUUCUUCUUCUUCUUCUUUUUCUUCUUCUUCUUCUUCUUCUUCUUAUGUUUCUUCUUCUUCUCUUUCUUCUUCUUUUAUUUAUUUCCCUUUAUUCGGUUUUUCCUUUUCCCUAAUCUCCUUAUUUUUAUCAUGUUUUUUUAAGUUCAAUUCAUUACUAUUAUAUUUUAUCAUAUUUUAUUAUUAUUUUCUUUUAUUUCAAUGUUUGUCUGUGCCUAUGUUUGUUUAUGUCUGUGCAGUGUGUGUGUGUGUGUGUGUGUGUGUGUGUGUGUGUGUGUGUGUGUGUGUGUGUGUGUGUGUUUGGUUUGUUUAUUAUGCGUGAUAUAUUUGUUUGUUCGUCUGUUUGUUUGUGUUUGUAUUGCAUCCUGUUUGUAAAUGUUUGUUUAUGUUUGCGUGUUUGUGUGUUUGUGUCCAUGCGUGUUUUUCUCUUGUAUGUAAAAUUAAUGUUUGUUUGUUUGUGCGUGUGUGUUUUUGUUUGUUUGUUUGUGUGUUUGUUGUUUUAGUAUGUGAAGAUAAGAUUGUUUGUUUUUUCUUCGUUUGUCAAGAAAGUGUUUGUUUUUGUUUGCUUCUGUGUUUGUUUACGUGUAUGUGUUUGUGUGUGUCAAGUAAGUGUUUGUUUUUGUUUGUUUUGUUUGUUUGUUUACAUGUUUUGUUUGUGUAUGUGUUUGUGUGUGUGUCAAGUAAGUGUUUGUUUCGGUUUGUUUUGUUUGUUUGUUUGUUUGUUUGUGUUUUGUUUGUGUAUGUCAAGUAAGUGUUUGUUUUGUUUGUUUGUUUACGUGUUUUGUUUGUGUAUGUGUUUGUGUGUGUGUCAAGUAAGUGUUUGUUUCGGUUUGUUUUGUUUGUUUGUUUGUUUGAUUGUAUUUUAUUUGUGUAUGUCAAGUAAGUGUUUGUUUUUAUUUGUUUUGUUUCUGUCUAUGUUUGUUUGUUUGUGUCUUGUUUGUGUAUAUCAAGUAAGUGUUUGUUUUUGUUUGUUUCUAGGUUUGUUUGUCUACGUGUUUUGUUUGCGUAUAUGUGUGUGUGUUUGUGUAUAUGUUUGUGCAUGUGUUUGUGUGUGUGUUUGUGCGUGUGAAAAUAAGAAAAUGAUGUUUGUUUUUCGCUUCAUAUUAUUUUUCUUGUGUUUGUGUUUUUCGUCUGUCUCUAAAUGUUUGUUUGUGCGUUUGUGUGUAUGUUUGUGUGUCUGUUAUUGUGUAAUUUUUUUUUCUCAUUUGCUUCUCUGAUGUGAAAAUAUUGUUUGUUUUUCACGUGUUUGUUUGUUUGUUUGUUCACUACUGUCCCGUAAGUGUUUGUGUCUGUUUGUAUACUAACCCCUAAGUCCGCUCGCUUCUCUGUUUGUUCGUCUGUUUGUUUCCUGUUAAUUAAGCCUGUUUGUGUGUUCUGAUAACUAGGUACUCUCUCUCUCUCUCUCUCUCUCUCUCUCUCUCUCUCUCUCUCUCUCUCUCUCUCUCUCUGGUCUGAUUUUCUAUGUAAAUUAUAUGUAAAUUCUCUCUCUCUCUCUCUCUCUCUCUCUCUCUCUCUCUCUCUCUCUCUCUCUCUCUCUCUCUCUCUCUCUCUCUCUCUCUC